ACAGAACGAAACAACAACAACAACAACAACAACAACAACAAAGAGCAGAAUGAAGAAGAACCAAUACUGCGACACUCGCACGGAGGCGGAGGCGGCGUCCAUUUUGUCAGGUCAACCGGGCCACGCGGCGGACAAAGCGGACAAGGCGGGCUGGCUGCGAAGGUUCUGCGGCAAAGGGAUGUUCCGGGAGAUCUGGAAGAACCGCUUCGUGAUCCUCAAAGACCAACAGCUGAUGGUCUGCGAGAAGGAGGGUCACGCAGGUACCGACGAGGUUUUGGACCUGAGCCACUUCGGCAGCUGCGACGACGUCAAGAACCACAAAAAGAAAAGUCGUAGCAAAAAGAAUCACAGCAAGUUUACACUUCAACCAUGUACACGCGCACACAACACGGUCGUUAACAUUCUGUUCCUGGCAGUGAGUCCUGAGGACAAAGAGUCGUGGAUACACGUGCUCAAUGUCGCCAUUACGAGAGCCAAGAACAAAAUCCUGGACCAGGUAGUGACAGUGGCGGAGGCUCAGCUGUGUCACCUGACCCGAGACCGAGCCCGGAUCGGUCAUGGCCGUCGCCCGCCUAGCCGAGGUCACCUGCUGGCUGUGGCAUCCGCCUCAGAUGGGACCGUGACUUUGGAUCUGAUUCAGGAGGAAGACAUUUCGGCGCCACACGAACUCGAUGGUCGCAAUGCAGAAGAAACCCCACCCGCUUGGGACCGCGUCCGAUCCGAACCCGACGGCGCACUCUUCCCCGGGGCCGCCGAAGUUUCUGGGAAGUCACAGAGUCUUCCUCGCGGGGGAGCGGCGGCUCAGCUGCGGAUGUGUUCCGGUUGGACUUCCGGGUCGGGAAAAGAAUCUAGGACCUCCCAGAAGAACCGCUGCGCCUCCAUGGAUGAGAUAUGCAGCCACUCGGACAAGAACCGGACCGUGCCGCCACGCUUGGACGCCUCCGCGCCCGUAGACCGGCUGCACCACCUCAUCAGCCUCAAGGUGGCACAGACAGAGCGGCUGCUGGCCACGACGCGGGACCGACCCGAAGGCCGAGACGGGAAACGGACUCAGUCGGUGGAGGAAAUGAGAGCGGAAGCCUUCGGUCUCCUGAAGGACGCGCUUGAAGCCCUGGAGCAGGCCCGCCAGGUUCUGCAGGAGGUCAAGGAGCUGAGCAAACUCCACCACCAACUGAACCGGUCCUGAGACCGGAACUGGCACCGGCACAGUUCCGCAACCCGAAGCCAACGCUCGGACAAACCACUUUCUUGGAAUACUGGCUUUUAAGUCGGGGCGAAGAAUUAUGACGUCGGGUCAGGACGUGUUGACGAGAAACAGGGUACCAGUGGGAUUGUGGGUCCAAAAAGAACUUCUGGUCAGGUUUUCAUGGGCCAUCCGGCACACCCGCUCAAAUGUGAAUCAUAAAUCACAGCAAACUGAUCGAUCACAAAAAAGGAAAUAAGGAAAUCAAGUAGCAACGUGACCAGAGGUCGCCAUCUUUGUGGAAUUUUCUCAAAAACAUGGAACGAAGGAGCACUUCAAAGGCCUCGAAAAUCCUCCAGAACAAAUAAACAACCAAUCGAUGACUGAAGUGCAUGCGAAUAGUCUCCUUCUCAGGCCAUUGAAUGGAUGGAAACUGGACUGCGGACAAGCAGAGUCCACUUGCGAUCCAUCCAAUGCACCGAGAAUGACUGGAGUUUUUCUUCUCUCCAAUGAUGUUCCUCUUGCGCUGUUUCGGUCAACCUUUUCGGGGAAGUGACACUGUUUGAAAUGUUACGCUCAUUUUGACGCAGCCACUUGGGGAACCUCUCCCCCGGAAUUAGCCACUUACGAGUUUAAUGGGGGAGAUGUUGAACUGAAACUUGUCAGCCAGUCGGAUAAACGAAACGGAGGAUGUAUGUUGACAAAUAAUCAAGUGAGGCAGUUUGACUCCAUUUUGAAGUUUGAAGUUUUUAUUUUUAUCGGAUUUGUUUUGUGUGACACAAAAAACUCAAUUUCUUUUAAACCCAUCAUCUGAUUUUCAAAAAUCUUGCGGCGGCGUUCUCAGCUUGAAAUAGCCAUCCCAACCAGUUGCAGCAUUCCCGCAGAUUGUCAUUUUGGCAAAUCUUCUCACGUUGUUACAUCAAGAUCAU